GUGCGUGACGUAGACGUGUAGGCUUUGCUAGUUUCCUCAACCAAACAGUCAAGUGAUAUUGUGAGAAAAAGCUGGUCUGCCGGUAGACAGAGGGGCUUUGUACCCAGGAUAAGAGGCACUCAAACCGAGCCGCUCUCAUUGUCGCUACCCGACUCUGUCCCCGCUGCUCUGAAACCUGUCCGACUGGAGAAGAAGACGGCGACAAGUAGACUGCUCGUAAACGCACCGAAGAAGGCUGGUAUUUAUUUUGCAGUGGCUGUCGAAAGGCGGGGAAUACAAAGCGACGUGCGGUCAGAACCUGUACUUUUUGGACUUGUUCAAGCAAGAACACGGGUUUUUUUUCUGCGAAAACAGUUCGUGCUGCUGUGACUAGUCAGCGAUAGUACAUGGAUUAUCUGUGUUUCCGGGCACUGUGCUGUAAAGGACCCCCGCCACCGAGACCCGAGUAUGAUGUGGUAUGCAUUGGCCUGACAAGUGCUGGAAAGACCAGCCUGCUCUCACACCUCUGUAGUGAGGGCAGUGACCACAUUGUUCCUACAACAGGUUUCAGCAUCAAAGCAGUGCCAUUUCCAAAUGCUGUCUUGAAUGUAAAAGAACUGGGAGGAGCUGACAACAUCAAGAAAUAUUGGAGUCGUUACUACCAGGGGUCACAAGGUGUAGUCUUUGUAUUGGACAGUGCGUCAUCAGAUGAAGACCUUGAAGCGGCACGAAACGAGCUCCACUCAGCUCUACAGCACCCACAGCUCUGUACACUGCCUUUCCUCAUCCUUGCCAACCACCAGGACAAGCCUGCCGCAAGGACGCCAAACCAGAUCAAAAAGUACUUUGAACUGGAGCCACUCGCCCGGGGGAAGCGCUGGAUCUUGGAGGGCAGCUCCACCGACAACAUGGAGGCAGUGAAGGAGAGCUUCGGUCAGUUCAUUAGCCUGCUGGAGGACAAAGACACAGAGCCUGCGAGGAUAUGACGACGAUGAUGAUGAUGAUGCUGAUGCUGCUUCUGCUGCUAAUGUAGAGACAUUAGUGGCCCGAUGACAAAGAAAUGCCACAUUGUGCUGGUGCCCAUCGUCACACUCACAAACACAAACAUGCACAUACAUGGAAAUACUGCAGAUGUCAGCCCCCUCUCCGUCUGAAAUGUGUAUUGUAUGUUAUGCUACUUUCACUGUGGUCUCGUUUUUUUGUUUUGUUUUGUUUUGGUUUUUUUUCAAAUCGCAAGACGGAGCAAGUCAACAGUUCAGCCACUGCACAACCCGACAGAGGAGAGGCCCCAGCGAAACCUGCCCAGUGGGAAACAGUUUGUCAAGAAAAGUCAUCCAACUCUUAACAGAUUUGGAAAUGUCGUUCAGCACUGUUUGUGGCAUUGUAAUUAAGUGGCGUAUGGAAUUCCUCAUCAGUGGACACUAUCUCUCUCACACACACACACACACACACAGACAUAUUGGCUGUAGAUAUGUUUAAGGUCUCCACUAAUUACAUUUCAGGAUGUUUGGGUAGGCACAGUCGAUAUUCUUCCCACUGAGAAGAACUAAAUGUGCUUUUUUCCUCUCUGGCCUGGUAAUCACCAAUGUUGCCGUUGGAUUGGAGUGCAUCAUCCGAAGCCUUGUGUUAUGUACGGUGGUUACAUAUUGAUGUGUCACACUAUAUCUGAGUAUCUAAUCUGAAUAGUGUAGUACUACGACUUACCAUGUGACUAAGUGCUACAGUAGGUGACUUAAUGGCAAAGUGAGUCCAUGUGAGAAAAAGUCUUGAAUUUUGUUUUUAUAUAUAUAUAUAAAUGUACAAUUUGGGUAUAUUUUAUAGCUCUGUGUGUUAACAUCAUAGAGCUGGAUUUUUUUUUUAAUCUAUAUAUCAUCAUACCGCUCAUUCAAAAUAAAUGACCAAAUGAAAAGAACAACGACACGGCAAUGAUCGAGUGGACGGGGCCACGAGGUAGAGAAGACGUACUGAAUUUAGACUCAUUUCAAUGUUUAUUUUGUUCUUCUACAUUUUGCUUUUUCUGUCUCUCUCUCUUUUGAAUUUGACACAAUCCCUCGCAGCACUGGCCCGCGACUCCAGCCUCCCGUCAGGCUGGAAUACAAUCUCUAUCAAUCAGCCACAGCAACAGCUGCAUCUGACAAGUCCCUGUCCAACACCCUAAUGCCUUCCAACUGUCUGUGUGUGUCUGUGUGUGUGUGUGUGUGUGUGUGUGUGAAGACCCCUCCCUGUGUGUUGUUUAUCAUGGACUCCUGCCCCACCUCAUCCCAAACUACACUGUCCCUCCGCUCGCCGGGCUUCGUAUCCCACGUGUAAACUCCAAAAUAUGAGUCUUCUCAUAUUCAGUGUGUUAUUUGUGCCACAGGUGUGUGUGUGUGUGUGUGUGUUUUGUUCCCAGGAUGUGCUUCACACACCACACCUUCUCCCUUCUCCCUUCUCUUUCUCUGUCGUGUCCAGUAUGUUGUAUGGUUUUUAGGGAUUAAAUCACUUUUUGUACCUUACCUGAGAAUCUACCAGGUAGUUUUUGUAUAGUCUGGAUGGAAUCGAUGCAUUCCAUUGAUUGAAUGCAAAAUAAAAAAAAAAUAAAACAAAUCUGUUGACAAGGAGACAUCAUAUCAUCCACCAACACACAGGUUUUAAAACAUUAUUUGUUUUAUUUGUCUCAGUUUUUUGGGAGGUUGUAAUAUAAUUCUUUUUUUCUUUUUUCAAUCAUGCGUUUGUUUAAAAUAGGAAUUGAAAUUUGAAAAAAAUUAAACUUAAGCAAAUUCAA